AAGUCCUCCGUGUUUAGUCUUUAAAACAUGAGCGUUACAUAAAAAGAACGUGACAGAGAGGCUAAGCGAUGGAAAUGUGCAUUUCCUAGUUAGUCGAGACGGGUCCUGAGAGGCAACUCGAGGCCACUCCUACGGAACAUCUGCCUCAUGCACGCGUACCAAAACCAGUUAAUUCAAAAACCAGUUAAUCCCGCACACCGGCGUCUUCUCGUCCUUUAGCCACCGAUACCACAGUCAACGAUAUCCUCAAUCCGAAGAAGGAGGAAACGAUAUCCAUCUCCACUCGAUAUUCUUCUCGUGAAAAACGCCCCCCGCUGAUUCGUCAACUCAACUGAAUGCAACAUUUCAUCAGAGUCGUCAGAUGCAGGGCUCGGGCCCCGUCUCCAGCAGCUGAAGCACGCCAGCCCUGUCCUCUCUGAUCCACGUCCACGGCCUUCCUCCUCGCUGAGCCAUGACCACUCAGAGGGAUCUAGAUAUGGUGCACCUCCGCCUUAUCCUGGUCAGUGGGAAAACCCAGGACUUCACUUUCUCCCCAAAUGACUCGGCUACAGACAUCGCCAAGCAUGUGUUUGAGAACUGGCCUGAAGGCUGGGAGGAGGAGAGGGUGAGCAGUCCCAGUAUACUGCGCCUCAUCUUCCAGGGACGCUUCCUUCAUGGCAACGUUACCCUGGGAGCUCUGAAGCUGCCGCCAGGCCGAACAACCGUCAUGCACUUGGUUGCCAGAGAGACUCUUCCCGAGCCCAACUCUCAUGGUCAAAGGAACCGAGAAAAAACCACAGAAAGCAACUGCUGUCUCCUCUUGUAAAGCAACAGAAACGACCCCCUGCCCCGACCUCCCACAGACACAUAACACAAACAUAUAUACAUGAAUACCUCGUGUUCUCUUCUGCCUGUCAUCCUGUCAGCUGUGGAUUUAGAAUUAAUCACAGGAAGUCUGGUUGGACCGUCGCCAGCUUCGGUUGAACGCUUGUCCAAUCUGAGGCUUUUUUUUGUGCCAAUAUAUUCGCCCCCAAAACUUCUACCGUCGGCAGAAUUUGCCGUUGUAGUUCCUCUUUAUUUAAAGAUUCUGACAUUAAACUUCCCUUGCGCUCCCUCGCGGACCUGUUUGCUGCUGGACACGUUUUGAAGAGUUGUCGUACGUAGUGGAAAAGAACGGGGAAGUCGUUUCUCUUCAUGGACACGGUUGCUAUAAAGAUGUGUUGGCUAUUCCCUUUCCCUACUCGUCACAUGGAUGUUUCCCCAGGUCUCACUGAAUGGUGGUAACCCUCUCAUUGCACUUAACCAGUUUGUUAAUUCAGAAAUGUUUAUUGUGUUUCGUUGUCAUCACCUUUUCCCCAAUGGCUUUUUUAAUGUAUUUGGUCAGAGGAACAGACCUGAAUUCCCCCGCGUGGUAGAAAUGUGCCAUCGUCCUCUUGAGACUGUUUCUCACUCACCGAACCGGUCGGUCUGUAUCAGCACCAGUGGCGUUUCUUUUAUUGGCGUACACCUGUUUGUUCCCGGAAAUGGAUCCAUGGUGAAAAGACUUUUAUUUAGAGGAAACGGGGGACGUUCGGGUCCAUGAGAAACGGGAACAGAUUCUCGGCUCGUAAAAGAUGGAGUCGGAGGAUCCGGUGGGUCAUCCGGUGACGUUGUUGCACCUCUGGCGUUGACUUUGUUGACGAGGCUGUCGGUUGUUUCCUCGUCACCGGAUCCAACAUGGUGUGCCAGUUAAAAGCCGAGUGUCGUCAGGGUGCCCCCCACCCCCACCCUACUGGACACCAGGCAGGGGGGAAGUUUCUGCCACUUGGAUGAAGAGUCACAGGGAACUUAUUUUUGUGGUAUUUCAUCUCCUUUUCGUUUUGGAUGCCGUCUAUACGUCAUGUUUGCCUUUUAUUGUGGAAUUCAGUAAUAUCAUUAAUAUUGCAAUUUUUAAAAAUAUAAAUUUUUAUCUUGUGUAUAGGUAUUUGUUAAAUUUUAAUGUGGGUAAGUCUGUGUAUGAGUGUCUGAGGGUGUGUGAUGCACGUGGCAUACUGUAUGAGGACUGGUGAGGGCAUGUGGUCUUUAAACAAAGAGUGAUGCACUGGGAGUGUUUAAUGGGCUGCGGUUUCUUCAGAAACAGUCGGAAACCUUUUGAUUCUUUCCAUUGAAUGUCCUUUGGUUUGUGUUUUUGUCAAUCAAUGUCACUGCUAUAAAGUUACGCCCUGUAUGAUUAAAUGUAAAAACUAAAAUGCAAUGUGGUCUACAUAAAAGCUUGUAUUAUAAAUUAAAACAUCUUUAAAUAAUGCAA